UAUUGAAUUUUCCAAUAUAUUAGUGAUGUAUUAAUUACAAAGUUAAAAAGUCACGUCCUAUUAAUGUCUAUAAAAUUUAAUACAUAUUUUGUGGGCCUAGGAAAUACAUAAAAACUCUUCACAUUUUUUACAUAAUUAAAAUAAAUAAAUAUAUAAUAAAGCUAGAAUUUUCUUACAAAAUUAUAGAUUUUUUUUUUGUUGUUGUUGACAUUAGUUAUAGAUAUUCUUGACCACCAAGAAAGGUCGACUUGAAGAUAUUUUUUUGGGACUUGUAUUUAGUAUGUAUGAAAAGAAUAUUAUCUCAUUGUAUUCAAAAUCUAAAGUUUCACUGAACGACACAGCUGCACUAGAAACGACACCGUAAUGGAUUCACAACGACGUCGUAUCUGCGACUACUGUAACGACGCCACCGCCCUGCUAUACUGCCGAGCAGACUCUGCCAAGCUCUGCUUCUCCUGCGACCUAGAAGUCCAUGGCACCAACCAGCUCUUCACGAAGCACUCUCGUUUUCAGCUUUGCGACGCCUGUCAUGAUUCUCCAGCCUCCAUUUUCUGCUCCUCCGACAGCUCAGUCUUCUGUCAAAACUGUGACUGGGAAAGGCAUAAACCUUCUCUCUCUUUGGUCCAUGACAGGAGGCCUCUUGAGGGUUUCAAUGGUUGCCCAUCUGUAAGUGAGCUUCUGGGUAUUCUAGGUUUUGAGGAUUUUGACAAAAAAGCUCUGAUUUCGAAUGAGGAGAGAGAUGGGUCUUCUGGGUUUCAGCCUGAUGACUUUUUAGAUUUGUCGCUUUGGGAGACUCCUAUUGUUGGUCUUGAUGAUUUAAUUGUCUCCAGUUCGUCUCAUAAUUUUCAGGCAAUGGGGAUUCCCCCACUGCCUAAGAAUCGUAAUGCUGUUUGCGGCCAACACAAGGAAGAAGUAAUUGCCCAGCUUCGAAAACUGGCAAAGAUCGAACCCAAUACAAAUUUUGACAAUGGGGAUGCUGCCAAGUUUCUAAAUUGUUUCGAAUCUCUUGCGCCGGAGCAAAGUGUGCAGCCCGGAAAAAUUUGUAUAGGCUCACAAUAUGAUGCAGGGGCUGAGCCAGUUAUUGGUCCAACAUAUGAGACUCCUUCAUGUCAGUGGUCCAUUGAUGGUGGUGAGACUGCGGAUCAGAAAUUUCUUGUUGACAAAUCAUUGAGUAGCCAUCUCAAAACAAGUUAUAGGGAUUUUGAGAAAUAUUCCGAUAUUGAUGACACUUGGCGUCAUGUUAAUGAUGAUGGUCAAAAUGAGCAACCACAACAUCCUAUAAGUUCCAGUCUUUCCAGAGCCUUAUCAGAUUUCCACAAAGUAGCAUCAUAUGAGUUGACCAGCCAGGAAAGAGAGGGUGCAAUUUCACGAUACAAGGAGAAGAGAAAAACAAGGAGGUAUGAGAAGUGCAUCAGAUAUGAGUCUCGGAAGGUUCGAGCGGAAAGCAGGAUAAGGAUUAAAGGGCGUUUUGCUAAAAUAGAUCAUUGAACUGCUGAAGGUGAGCUGGAUUAGUGGCUUAGGUGGCAAGUACAAAGGGCAUGAGUCAAUUUGGAAGUAAAUGUCAAAGAAAAGAAGGAAAGAAACCCACGUAUGAAUCAAAGGAGGGGCAAUUUUGUACUUAGAUGACUAAAUUGUGAAACAUAGAGGUAAAAAGAAGAAGCUAGCCACACAAAGAGGAGGAGUCUGCCAUUUUUUGAAAAAGGAGAGAAAAAGAUAGAGGAAGAAAACCAGAGAAACAAGAAAGAAGAAGAGGAGAACACAGAAAGAAGAUUCAUCAUCAAUUUGAUUUGCUCUUUUUCUUGUUUCUAAAUUUCAUCUUAUAUUUUAUUUUUUAAUUUAUACUUUGAUACUUAUGAGCAUUAUUGAACUUGGAUUAAUGCUCUUUAAAUUAGCCAUGAACUAAUUUUUUGUGUGGCUUGAAUUAUUAAUGAACCAUAUGUCAUAGUGUAGUAAUUUCUUGCACCUUAUUA